CUCGGUAGGGUCUGGCUGCCGUGCCUGCUCUGGGCCGCUCUUUCCGGGGACGGCGCCGGGCGGGGGGAAGGGAACCAGGGACAAGCGGGCAAGUCCUGCCGGCCCGGCUCGGAGUGAGCGAAUACCUCGCUGUCCAAUCAGAAAAGCCCCUUUAAGAAGGACGUCGGCGUUAGCUAAUCAGUGUUUGCAGACUUCCAGAAGGUGGGACUUGGGCGAGGCGAGGGUGGGACUUCCUGCUUCAAAUAAACACCUAGAGAUUUUUUCCCCCUCCGCCCACCGACGUGUGUCCCUCUGAGGUGGUCCGUCACCGUUUCUCCCUGAGAAGUCGGAGGAACCCGUGGCUACGAGAGGGCCCAGUUAGGGCCUGGGGCAGUUGCACGGGACGGGCUGGAGCCUCAGGGCCACAGGACCUGGCUCUGGCCCUGCCUCUACUUCAGGGCCCCGGCCCGCGCUGUGGCUGCCGGAACCAAGUUGGAAGAAGAGUCUGAGGAGGGGGACAGCUUGGGCUGCAGAAGAAGCAGGAUCCUGUCAGCUGCGGGCCGGUCCCAGGAUCUGCGGGUGGCUUCGGGCUCGAAACUCCGUGCUAAGUGCGGCGGGGCCCCGAAGAACUGCUGGUUGGGGCGGGGGAUUGGUGGAGAAGGAGGCUGCCUGGGGAAUGACACUCUCCCCUCCACCACAGUCCGAGGUUAUGCGUCUCAAUGAUCCCGCGGAAACGCUACGGAUCUAAGAACACGGAUCAGGGUGUCUACCUGGGUCUCUCAAAGACACAGGUCCUGUCCCCUGCAACUGCUGGCAGUAGCAGCAGCGACAUCGCCCCUCUGCCCCCCCCAGUGGCCCUGGUCCCUCCCCCUCCCGACACCAUGUCCUGCCGGGAUCGGACCCAGGAGUUCCUGUCAGCCUGCAAGUCCCUGCAGAGCCGUCAGAAUGGAAUCCAGACAAACAAGCCGGCUCUGCGUGCUGUCCGGCAGCGCAGUGAAUUUACCCUCAUGGCCAAGCGCAUUGGGAAAGACCUCAGCAACACAUUUGCCAAGCUGGAGAAGCUGACAAUCUUGGCAAAGCGCAAGUCCCUCUUUGAUGAUAAGGCAGUGGAAAUUGAGGAGCUAACUUAUAUCAUCAAACAGGACAUCAAUAGCCUCAACAAACAAAUCGCCCAGCUUCAGGACUUCGUGAGGGCCAAGGGCAGCCAGAGUGGCCGGCACCUGCAAACCCAUUCCAACACCAUCGUGGUCUCCCUGCAGUCAAAACUGGCCUCCAUGUCCAACGACUUCAAGUCAGUUUUAGAAGUGAGGACAGAGAACCUGAAGCAGCAGAGGAGCCGGCGGGAGCAGUUCUCCCGGGCGCCUGUAUCAGCCCUGCCCCUUGCCCCAAACCACCUGGGGGGUGGUGCUGUGGUUUUGGGGGCGGAGUCCCGAGCCUCUGGGGAUGUGGCCAUUGACAUGAUGGACUCUAGGACCAGCCAGCAGCUGCAGCUCAUUGACGAGCAGGAUUCUUACAUCCAGAGCCGGGCAGACACCAUGCAGAACAUUGAGUCCACAAUUGUUGAGCUGGGCUCCAUCUUCCAGCAAUUGGCACACAUGGUUAAGGAACAGGAAGAAACCAUUCAGAGGUUCCUGGAAGUCCACUGCACUCACAUCUGCGGAGUCAGAAUCUCCAAGUGUGAGGCCAGGAACCUGUUUUUUCACCUUGCCCGGUUCUUCAGGCUACUUCAGUGUUCUCAGUUUGGCAAGAGGACCUCAAGAAGCGAAGGUGUGGGCGUUCUGAGCAAUCCUCAGGCUGACACACGCCCACCCACUUGCUCUGAGGCCUUCGGGCAGCGCCCAGGCCUGGUGGUUCUUCACUGCCCCACAGCACCAGCAGAGCGCUUUUACUCGUGGUUGUUGAUCCUGUGAAACUGGGUGAACACCUCCUUCUGUGUAAAGCAGAUUUCCCAACACUGAUCCAUCAAGCAGCCUCAUGUAUUCAACUGGGCAAUUUAAAAGCUCUGUGAAGACAGCUCUCUUGGUCCUAGAAUCAGGAAAAUUGACUGAGUCUUACCUGGUUCACCUGAGAUCUAGGGAAUCCCUUGCUGAGUUAGGUCAUAAACACUAGAGCUCUUCAGGUGACAAUGUAUUUUGAAUAUUAAAAUAUUAUAGAUUCAAA